AUGUCGACGCCCUCGUCGGCGGACUUGCCCCUCCGCGCGCCCAACAAGGGGCGGCAUAUACCCCCGCCCCUCACCAUUGAGUCCUCGUCCUACCAGUCAACGUCGUCUAUCGGGAGCGCGAGGAGGCUCAGUCGCCGCGACUCCGACACGCUGCUCUACGACAUCCCCUCCUCGUUUUCUCCCCCUCCUGUCAGUCCUCCCGCAAAGCACCUGCAGUCGCCGACGUCGCCCAACUCCCGUCGCUCGCGAUCUCCGCGCCAACCCCUGCCCACGCCACCGCCCGCGGUCCCCAAGAGGCGCAACCGGUCCCUCACCCCUGCUGGACUUUCGUCUGACGAUCUUGAGGCUUUCGCAGAGGCAUGCCGCUCCUGGUACUUCGAUCAGGAUGAGGCUGCAGGUCGUACCAUGACACAGACGCUGGCCAAUCUCCCGCCCUCGCAGCGGGCCCCGUACUCAAAGCUGCAGGCCAAUAUGCGGUCUGCGUACCACCGCUCCGUCAACGCGCGCAAGAACGCAGAGUUCCGCGCUCACCUUACCGCCACUCAGCCGGGUGGAUCUCUCAUGCCGCAUACGCGCGCUAACCCGCGAGGGAAGGAUGCGAAGAAGGAGCGAUAUGACCGGUUUGCGAGGUUCAUCCGUAGCUGGUGUACUCUCGGAAUGCCCGGGACGACCCCAUUCUUCACCGCACUCUGGGCUAUCAUGAGGCUUCAAGUCGUCUCCGAACAGCUGGGUGGCGCCGGUGCCAAUCGCAUUGACUGGGAACUCGACGAUGCCGUUUUCAAGGAGUCUGCCGGAAAGGACUUCAUGCUGGAGGCAAUAGACGUCCUCAAAGGGGUGCUCGGCUUUGAGGAAGCCCCGGCCGCCUCCACCCGCGAGCCGAGUCCUACCCCUCCUACUUCAGGCGCGCACUCCCGUGUACACUCACAGCCACUCCUCGGCGGUGAGCGUAGGCCCACCCGACCCCCUGCUAUCCCCAAGCGCCCGCGCGCGCCUAGUGACCCCUUCCUGGACACGCCACCGCCGUUAUCCCGGUCGGUCGGUACGUCAGCAUCGCAGUCGUCCGCUCUCCUCAGUCAGGACUCAGAGGACUCUCCUGGUCCUGCAACACCCGAACCAGAGGAGACCGCGCCUCCUCGCACGGACGACUUCUUUGACCUUCCCGAGGAGGAAUAUCUGCGUGUGUGGACAUCCCCGGACCUGCCCGACGCAGAGUACCUCGCGCUCUUGAAGCUGUUUCCGAGCUUCAUCACGCGGCCCACGCUACCUCGAUUCCCAACCCGUCGUGGGUCUCUUGACCUCGAAGCGGGAGAGGGCAAUGGCAGUCAGGACCUCUUCGCAGACUACCCAUUCUAUCGACACAGCUUGCUUACCAACUUUGUGCCCUUACCCUAUCGCUUCAACUUCCUCGCUUUCACCGUCCUAGUAUUGCCCCUCCCCAUCCAUUAUUUAUCACUGCCUCGCGGAGUUCAACAGCCAGCUCCGACGCCUGCGACAUCGCUUCGCCCAGAUCUCGCCACUGCCGCGCCGCAGCCCAAAAAAUACCUUUCUUGGCAGUUUCUCCGGAAAGGGCUGCAUCCGGAGAAUGCCGAUCCUCCUUGUUCCCUCCCUUACCAAGUGAUAGCUCUCCUCUACGUGACUCAAUCCACUCUAGAGACUCUUGGACAGGCGAGUCCUGAUGCCCGUCGACUUAGACGCCGUGCGACGCCAAGAUGCGAACUCCACUGGCCGGUGUGGUGGCAGUCCUUUAUCCCGACUGUCACGUCCGACCUCUUGAGGGCGCAGAUGAUACCCUCGAUAUCGGUCCUUCUCCUGUGGCUCACCGCCUACGUCCUUGGCCAGCAAUCUCAGGAAGCUUUCACACCAAUCUGGGUGCCUUUGGCAGUUCGUACGCCGCAUCUAAAUGCUUGGCUCUGGAACAGCAGCGCAGUUUCCUACGAGUGGCCAUACUUUGGCAUCGACGUUGGUAAAAUCCUAGGGUGGAGCGGCCUGGUGAAAGUUGACGGCACCACGUACAAUUUCCUCGGAAAGGUCCCUGAUGUGAAUGGCACCGUUGUGACCAGCUCUCGCCUCACCCCAACCCGCACAAUAGUCACGUCGCGUGUGGAAGAUAUCCUACAGCUGAACGUCACGUACUUCAGCCCGAUCGAACCUGACGACCUGGUGCUUCAGUCCCUACCCUUUUCAUACAUGUCGGUCAGAGUGUCUUCACUGGACGGUAACCCGCAUAACGUGUCCCUCUACUCCGACAUCAGCGGCGAAUGGCUCUCCGCGCAUACCUUCAACAAGAUCGUCUGGAAUACAACACAUGAAGACUCUUUCACCUACCACACAAGUUGGCGUGAGGACGCUGAGCCCAUGGCGGAGAACUCAGGCGUUGCGGAAGACAGCACACUGUAUUUUGGGAUGGCAGCAUCGAGUCCGAGCGUUUCUUGGCGCACGAAUUCAGACGUCAACUCGCGCGCCACCUUUCAGAAUUCCUCGGAUCUGGGGAACUCUGCCAACCUGACCUACCGGCCGAUACAGAAUCCAGACGAUUGGCCCAUAUUUGCCAUUGCGUACGAUCUGGGCACUGUUACGGACGAGUCUUCAGAAGUGGUUUGGGGUAUUGGCGUCGCGCGCGACCGGAUUAUACAGGCACAAACAGGAUCCAGUCCGGCAGAGGACCGUUAUCCCUACUAUCUAUCGCACUACGGGUCGUCGAGCGAAGCGUUCGAGGACUUCCUCCAGAGCUACGACAAUGCAUCAUCCCGUGCAGAUGAUCUCGACCGCAACAUCAUGAAUGCAGCGUCGAAUAAGUCGGUCGAGUACGCCGACCUCAUCGCGCUCGGUACUCGCCAAGUCCUGGCUGCGUUCGAGGUUACCAUCUCCAAGGGAGUGGAAGGUUACAAUGUAUCUGACACUCAGGCGUUCAUGAAGGACAGCGGCACAUCCCAGGGUGUGAACGACGUGAUGGUCAUGUACUCAGCCUGGCCGACAAUCCUGUAUAUCAACGCAUCGUGGGCUGGUUAUCUGCUUGAGCCUCUGCUGCGCUAUGAGGGCUCAAGCGCAUACUCGAGCAAUGUUGCUGCGCAAGAUAUGGGAUCGAAGUACCCCAUCGUCCUUGGUGAUAUGCCACCUACGACCGCUUACUCAUAUAGUAUCGAAGCGACCGCGUCCAUGUUCAUCUUGGCCUACUCCUAUGCGUUGAUGUCUGGAGAUGGCACCUUGCUUCGUAACUACUACCAUGUAUUCGAACCAUGGGCAAUUUACCUCACAGACAAUGCGGUGCAUCCGGGUGCGGACCAGACCACCGCCGAGGGUGACAAUGGUAUAAACCAUGCCAAUCUGGCGUUGAAGGGCAUCAUCGGCGUGCAAGCUAUGUCGCUGAUCAGUGCAGCUCUUGGCAAGGACGACGAUGCUUCAGUGUACGCGAACCGCGCUGCCUCCAUGUUCGACCAGUGGAUCGAUACCGCAAGACUGGGAGACCACGUCGAUUAUAUUUACAACGACCCGUACACCACGGGUCUCCUCUACAAUCUCUUUGCCGACAAGCUCCUCAGGACUGCUAUCAUUCCCGAUAAUAUCUACCAGAAUCAAACGGAUUAUUACAGCGGCAAGCUUGGCGAAGACGUUGGAUGGGGCCUUCCCUAUAACGGUUCCUCGGAAACCGUCAUCCGUCCCGACUUGACGCUCCUCACGGCUGCCGCCAUGUCGGACACACAAACCCGCGACGCCUUCGUGCAGAGCAUCUGGAAUAGAGCCGCGAACAACAGCCUGGUCGGGGGCGGGUGCUUUCCGACCAGCUAUGACCGGUACACCGGUGCCAUGGUCACGGGCUCAGGCAACCCUUCGUUGGGGGCAAUCUACUCAUUGCUUGCUCUUGACCUGCAAAACAAGACCAUCGUUGUGCCACCUGAGAAGUCGCUUGUAAGCGCCCACAAAUCGCAUAUCGGCUCUAUAGUCGGCGGCAUCAUCGGUGGUGUCGUCAGCCUCGCGCUGCUCACUGGCGCUCUAAUCUUCUUCGUCCGCCGCCGAAGGGCUGCUCGGGAGACUGCCACCGACGCUGCCGCGCGCAACUCGAACACGGUGCCCGACCCGUGGCGCCCCUCGACAGAACAGAACCGUGUCCGACCAGUCAUGGCUGGGCGACACGAUUCUGGCCAAAGCAGCGGGCUCAUGAGCGUGUCGAAGAGGGGCGGUAUUCCGGAAGCUCGUAGAUCGCUGACUAGGAGUGAAGCAGAGACCUCGCGUGACGGUACGGCGCUGUUGAGGGGCGAGCUUGACAACCUGCGGCAGGAGGUCGAAGAGUUGCGCGGGAGGAGGGAGUACGACUUGCCUCCGCCGGAGUAUGAACAUGCUGUUGGUCACUGA